CUUCAACAGUCCAAUCCACUCAAAGAGCUUCAACAAGAAUCUUUUUGACAUCACGACUACUCGACGACUACUCACUCCUCGGAAACCUUUGCUCGGACCACCUUCCCACGCCAUUGGCUACUGCAUUAGGCAUAAACAUUUCUGCCUACAUAUUCAACAUGCCUUCCACAUCCCACCUAAGGAUACAAACGCACUUUGAGCCCAUCUCUGCCGAGACGACCCGCACUCCCUUCGUCUCUUCGCCCCCCGCAAAGAAGCAAAGGAUGUCUCUCACCCAGACGUACUACAUCGCCGCCUCUGCCCGCUCCAAGCUGGGCAAGGAGGCCUGCCGCGCCGACCACGACCUCCGCCUGCUCGUCGGCCAUGCCAACCUCCUCGACUCGCUCAUGAUCGAACUCCAGGACGCCGAGAGGCAGCAAGAGGCCUGGUUCCACAGCACCGUCGCCAAGGCACAGAAGUCAGAGGAGCCCCGACACAUCCAGUGGGCCGACAGCAUUCCUGAGGACGACGACGACGAUUCUUCCGACUCCGACUCCGAGUCUGACUACUAUGAUGAGGAGGGCGACUUCGACAUGGUCAUGCCCCGCCGCAUUGCACAAGCACCAGUUCAGAUCAGCACCAUCGAGGUGGACGACGAGGACGACCAGUACGACGACUUGGAGGACGACGAGGGACUCGCUCUUACCCGCGUACCAUCACAAUCACCACCAGAGCUCGUCCACGACGAGGACUCGGACGACGAGUCGCCGCCUACCCCGCCGCAACCCACAAUGGAGUUCUCGGCAAAGGAGGCCAUGCUCACCACAUCCUUCUACGACGAGAAGUCGCAACCGCUGUUCCAAAGCGAAGAGAUCUAUCUGCCCGAAUCAACAGCUCCGCUCAUCACAAGUUACUAAGGCCAACGCCGCCAUGUUGACCUCUUCUUGUCUUUGAUUGAGCAUUUUAGCGAGCGAGUCUUUUUCAGCAUUAUAUCACAUUUUCUUUUGUCUACUGGAUGGAUAUCUGGGAAUUUGCAGCGCGGCCCAUGAGCACGACGCGACGUUAUGGCUACGGAACUACCCAACUCUUUGUUUGGACGGAAUCUAUUGAACCAUGAUGGACGGAACUACAUAGGCUGGUACGAGAUCUCCCGCUCUGAUGGUUGAGACUCCCCCUAGCAAACUGAAAUCAAACACGAUAAUUCUACCAAAACACUCUUACUCCACUUUGUCUCGUGAUGUAGUUUUCCCGUCCCACCCACCAUCAGU